AUGGGCCCCUGUACCGCCUCCUCAUGCUGCUGCCAGGCCCGUAAUCUGCCAUGGGCCCCUGUACCGCCUCCUCAUGCUGCUGCCAGGCCCGUAAUCUGUCAUGGGCCCCUGUACCGCCUCCUCAUGCUGCUGCCAGGUCCAGAGUGUGUCAUGGGUCCCUGUACGGCCUCCCAUUGCUGCUGUCUCCAUCGCCACACUCUGCCAUGUGCCACUUUCAGGUCUCCUCACACUGCUGCUGGGUUCCAUUUUGUCAUAGGGUGCUGGCAGAUUUACGGGCCUCCCAUUGCUGCUGCCAGGCCCGUAAUCUGUCAUGGGCCCCCCCCUCCUACAUGCUGCUGGCCAGGCCCGUAAUGUGUCAUGGGCCCCUGUACGCCUCCUCAUGCUGCUGCCAGGUCCAGAGUGUGUCAUGGGUCCCUGUACGGCUCCAUUGCUGCUGUCUCCAUCGCCACACUCUGCCAUGUGCCACUUUCAGGUCUCCUCACACUGCUGGUGGGUUCCAUUUUGUCAUAGGGUGCUGGCCU